GAGCUACAUCCCGCUUCCCCAGCCAUUUGACACGCGCUUACAUCUACUCAAGGUUCGAGCACGUCUGCAGACCGAAACUCUCUAAAUCCGCCCCUGAUUAUCCACCUUCUUAUCGCGCGCAGUGAGAAACCGACUCGGUCUGCCCGACUAGAGGUGAAAUAAAAUCGACCACCAGAUCUCGAUGUUCCAUCGACGCCAGUAUUUCGAUCCGCGCCUCGCCACGCGAUAUAGCAGUUACUGACAUGCUGUAUAGCUUCGCGCCAUAUGUCGCCGAACGCAUUCAGCAGCGACGUAUACAAACACAGGAGCUGUCGUUUCGGGUAGGCGUUCUAGCAGACGAUCGCCGACUUGAGCAGACGGCAGUCCACGAUGACGUACGACUGUGAGAAAUGAAAUCAUGCCGUAGCAUCACAAGAGCUGCAAGCGAACGACACGGAGAGAAAGAGAUAACGUUCUGAUCCCGACUACUCCUUCAUUAGAACUGUGACACUUUUAUACAACAUGGCGACUUGACUACACUUUUUAUUGUUUCGUUUCGGGUGAAAAAAAUGAAUGGAAAUCUGUUGGCAUUUUUCUUAUUCUUUGGAGGAACCAAACUCGUCCAGGGUAUCGGGUGCGCGUGGUCCAACGAACAGUGCGUGCACGACACGGACUGUUGCAGCGGCCUCUGUUGGUUGGCGCACGAGGGCACGGACCCGAGGUGCACGCGGGGUUCCAUCGCGAAGAGCUGUGUGUUCGACUACCACUGCAAGGACGGCCUGGAGUGCGGCAAGAGUUACCAGUGCUGCUCCCCCUACUGGCAGUCGUGCGUCCAGACGAAGGACUGCUGCGACACGGAGAAGUACAUCUGUCGGUCCGUGACGGGAUUCAUCUACAAGAAGUGCCUCUACCCUGCACACGGCUCAACCGCCACCGGAAACAUUUCCCUUUUGACUCUACUAGUUGGUUUCUCGCUGUGUGUGACACGGUUAUCCGUAUGAUAGACAAGGAGGGUGUGUAAAAAAAAAAAAAUUAAUCUCGUUUUGUUUUAUUUUUAUUUUAUUCAUUAUAUUUACUUUUAUUUUUAUUUAUGUAUAAAUUUAAUCGCAGUUAAACAUCGUUAUCUCGAACUCUGGCGUAUCUGAGCUGCGGAUACCUCGAACACUUGUUACUGUUCUUAAGGCAUAAUUUGCGCUAAUAAUCAAUGUUUAUCUCGAACGACUGAUAUCUCGAAGUUGUUGGUUGAGUGUCAUCAGCAUUGAGAUAACGAAGUUUGAUUGUAUAUACUUUUGGACAGUAUUUUGAGAAAUCAUACCAGUAUGAUGAAGGAGGACGUGUUAUCAAGUGAUGUCGAAGUUGAUUACCAACUGGAGUUUUUGUGUUUUUCGGCACCACGUUUUUCAUAUGUGAUAUAUUUUUUUUGUGUGCGUUAAAUUCCAUAUGCCUUACUUGUGAAAAACAAGAAAGAAUGGAGUCGUCGUGAAAACGCCGUUUUAGUGCAAAAGACCGUCUUAUAAAUGUUUAAUUGUAAUUAAAGUUUCAUUGUAAUUCA